AUUAUUUAAAAUUAAUAAUUACCACUGAAUCGAAGAAGCUUGCUUAGAUAUCAUCGAACUUGCUCCAACUGCUCUCUCUUAGGAUCUCAGUUUCUUCCAUCCAUGGCGUCUCUUUCUUCUACCUCUCUCUCUCUCCCCAAGAAUUCUCAACAACUCCAUCCUUCAUCUGGUGUUUUUCUGAAGCCAAAUGCUUGUUGUGUCAGUGUUUCUUUUGGACUAAAUCGCUCCAACAAACUGCAUAUUUCUGCUCCUAGAAACAAAAGGAUUCUAACCAUUCAAUCUGCAUACAGAGAUGAUGAUGGCUCAGGCAGCACAGGCCUAUUUGUUGGAGGGUUUAUUUUGGGUGGACUUAUAGUCGGUGCCCUCGGAUGUGUAUACGCACCACAGAUCAGCAAGGCUAUAGCUGGAGCAGACCGAAAAGAUCUCAUGAGGAAAUUGCCCAAAUUCAUCUAUGAUGAGGAAAAAGCUUUGGAGAAAACACGUAAGGUACUAGCUGAGAAAAUUGCUCAGCUCAACUCUGCUAUCGACGAUGUUUCAUCUCAGCUAAAAUCAGAAGAUACUCCGAAUGGUGCAGCUCUAAGCACCGAUGAAGUCGAGGCUACUGCCUGAUAUCAUCUGUUUUAGGAUUUGAAUCGAAUCACGGGAGAUUACUUAUUAUGAUCCCAAUAAUUGUUUUCCUUUCUGUGUAAUGUUGUACAACUUUUCGUCUAUCUUUAAACGACUGCCUUCUUCACUGUUUCUUUUGAAAUCGGCGUGUUGAAGGAUAUCACUGUUAUAUGCCAAACCUGAUGUUAUGAAGACUAUAUAUUAUAUAAUGUCCUGAUCUGA